GAUUCUCGCCAUUGUCGCGAUCGCGACGACGUGCACCCGAGUACGCCUGGUUCUGUCGGUCUGUGCCUCUGUGGAGACACGCUGCGAGUCCCAACUCCAAGCCGACCGGAGACGCGCGAGAGAGACCGGGGCUCCACCUCGCGCCGCCGCCGCCGGCGACCAUGUCCCUGGCGUCUAUCUUCGUCUUCCUCUUCGUGUUCGCGCUGCAGCUGGUCGACCGCUACCUCGACCUCGCCAGAAAGAGGGGAGCGCAUAGUGAUGAGCUGACGAAACUGCGGCUUGAAAUCAAGCAACUUUUGAAGGAGGCCGAUCAGUUGUCAACGCCGUCCACAUUUGCACAAGCUGCUAAACUCAAGCGCUUGGCUGCUGCCAAGGAGAAGGAACUGGCAAAAAUGCAGGAACAGGACCUUAAAGGGAAGCAAUCGUUAUACGACAAAUACGCAAAGUUUUUGUUGGUUACUAAGGUAAUAAUUUAUGCCGUGCUCGUUCUGUGCUUUUGGAGUACUCCUGUUACUACAGUUCCCCAACAUCUUCUACAGCCCUUUGGAAAAAUGUUUUCCUGGAGAGGUGUUGAUACUGCCACCGGCCAUGUUGUGGUUGGAAUACUCCCAUGGCUGUUUUUGACCUCUCGGGUCAGCAAGCUGCUGUGCCAAAAAUUCGGCUUCGUCCUCGUGCGUCCGUAGCUCGUUUCCACGAGAAAGUCAGCAAGUUGCUGCACCUAAACAAGCUUCUAGAUCUCUGUAUAAUCACUUGUUCACUUGUUGCCCACAUUUGUUCUGCCGUGCCCGUGUGCUCAAGCGGAUACGUGUAAGAACUUGAUUUUUAUAAAGUUAAUACUAGUAAAACUGUGGAUGA